GUCACAACUCACAAACACCCUCUAAAUCAAAUCAUAGGGCCGGAACACUCUUGCUUAAAAACCCCAUAAAAGAAUAUUUCCCUGAGCUUCAAACCCAAGCAGGCCAGUUGCAGGACGAAGACGAAGAGAAGAUAUGCCUCUCAAAACGUCGGACGCCACCGUAGGAACCUUCGACGGGGAGUUUGACAAGUUCGUAGCGGUAGCGCCCAACAACAAGGCCAAUUUCAUCCUCUUCUUGGCCGACGUUGAUCCCGCGACCAAACUCAGUUGGUGCCCUGAUUGCGUGAGAGCCGAACCGGUGAUAUACAAAAAGCUGGAAGAGUUUUCCGGCGAUGUCGCGUUGCUUAGGGCUUAUGUUGGAGAUAGACCUACAUGGAGGAAUCCACAGCACCCAUGGAGGGUAGACCCCAAGUUCCAACUGAAAGGGGUCCCCACGUUGAUCCUCUGGGAAGGCGAUGAAGGCAAGCGCCGCCGUCUUGAAGACCAUGAAGCACAUCUUGAGGACAAGAUUGCUGAUCUUCUUGGUUAAGUGUGGCCUUUAUUUUGCUUGUUUGUUCCAAGUAUAAUAAUCAUAGCUCUGGUUCAGACAUAAAGAACCAAACCUUUAAUUAAAGAACAGUGGAAUAAUUGCUACUCAAUAGCAAAAACCUUUUAAAUAGGGUGGAUUGGGAUUUUACAAGGAGAGCUAAUUGGGCUAAUACCCCGCAAGAUGUUUGUCUGAAGAAUUUAUGUUUAUUCGAACUGAGUUUGAAGCCUGGGGUU